AUGAAUGUGCAGCGCGACUUUGGGCCCGAGAGAUAUCACGAAAUCCCUCCACAUGGGCGUUGGCAGCACUUCGGUGUUGGUAAUGUCGAUCGCAUUUCCCGGAUGCUGCUCCGGACGAAAGAAACGGCCAGCCCCAAGGAACAGACGAGGGUCUUGAUUGACCUGUUCAUGGUGUCGGUCCUUCUCGACGCAGGGGCUGGAGAUAUUUGGAGCUUCCAGGAGCCAGACACGCAAAACCAGUACACCCGAUCCGAAGGCAUUGCGGUGGCUUCGCUGUACAUGUUUGAGUCGGGAGCGUUCUCGUCAAACCCUGCAUGUCCUUGCACUGUGGAUGGAAGGGCAUUGCUUAACCUCGACGAGGAGAGUUUUCUGUCCUCGUUUCAGAUCUCGAGUAGCAACCCCAUGGUCGGUGUGCAUGCUCGGAUCCAGCUUUUGAGGGACGUUGGCAAAUCUCUACUCUCGUUGCCCGACAUCUUCGGCUCUGAGGGGAGACCAGGGAACCUUGUGGACUACAUGACCGCUUCGGUCACUGGAGGCGAUGCUCUUGACUACACGGUCCUCUGGUCGGCUCUGCAGCGUCUACUGCUUCCCGCAUGGCCAAAAAACAGAACACACCUUGGAAAUCGACCUCUUGGAGAUGCCUGGCCUCUUCAGGUUCUCGCGCAACAGUCUCAGUCCGAUGCCAACGAUACCCUGGCCGAAGCUAUUCAGCCGUUUCACAAGCUGACUCAGUGGCUUGCAUAUUCGUUAACGACCCCGUUCGUGAAGAUUCUGCAUACCAGGUGGGAGAAUAUGGAGCUGGGCACCGGGCUGCCUGAAUAUCGGAAUGGGGGUCUGUUUGUGGACAUGGGUGUUCUAUCUCUGAAAGAAGAUACUCUAAGUGUGGGCCAGAGGGCGUCUGGACAGAUUCUUCCCGCCUACGACGCGACUAGCGAUGUGAUUGUCGAGUGGCGUGCGAUGACAGUUGCUCUUCUCGAUCGACUGCAUGAGAUGGUUUCCAACGAGUUUGCAGCUCAAGGAAUUACUAUUAGUAUGGCCCAAAUGCUGGAGGCUGGCUCAUGGAAAGCCGGUCGCGAGCUAGCUGCCACAAAGCGACCAAAGAACAGAUCAAGCCCUAUAUUGAUCGCUGGCGAUGGGACGCUCUUCUGA